AUGUGUUCGCUCGUGUUUCUGUAUCUCCUGAACCUGGCCAUUGCGCCUGUCUUCACGGCGACUGCAAAGGGAAAAGACAAGGGUGACAAGAAGGGCUUUGACAUCAAGUCUCUCUCUCUAAGAGAAGUUGGAGCACGCAACACAGUGGACUGGCGCGUUUGGCUCGAGCAGGACGGCGACCCAAUUUCCUUCUGGCACGACAUUCCGCUCUACCCCGACGAGAAGCAGAACAACAUUGUCAACAUCUAUGUCGAGAUUCCUCGAUGGACGGAUGCCAAGAUUGAGACCAAGCGUGACAAGCCCUUGAACCCCAUCUUUCACGACGACAAGGACGACGUACCUCGGUACGUGGCCAGCAUCUGGCCUCACAAGUCAUAUCCCUUCCUUUAUGGCUCGCUGCCCCAAACGUGGGAGAACUCCAACAUCAAGCACAACUUUACUGGGUACAUUGGCGACAAUGACCCCAUGGAUGUGGUUGACAUCAGUGCCAUUGACCCCGGCUAUGUUGGCCAGGUCAGGACGAUUAAGAUUCUGGGUGCCAUUCCCAUGAUUGAUGAUGAGACCACGGAUUGGAAAGUCAUUGGCAUCAACAUCAACGAUCCCCUGUCGAAGAAACUCGAGACCAUCGACGACCUCGAAACAUACCGCCCCGGCCUCAAGCAGACCUUUUACGACUGGUUCACCUACUACAAAGUCCUCCGCAGCGGCAGCCUCAACACCAUCUUCGGCAACAAAUACCAAGACUCCGCGACAGCCCGCAACAUCGUCGCCGAGAGCCACGGCUUCUGGAAGGAUCUCGUCAGCGGCAAGGAGGACCCCGGCAAGAUCAGCAUCGCGCAGACGUCGCAGCCCGACGUGCAAGGGAGCUACGUCAAGAGCAAGGACGCCACCAAGAAGUUUGACCUGCCCAAGAAGUCGGACGUUAAGACGCCCAAGGAGAGGCCUGCUAAGUAUGACAAGUGGUUUUAUCUGGAUGAGAACUUUGAGCCGCUGCCGGAGCAGGAGAUUGAUGUUGACUGA